GUCCAAAUAGGCCGACAGAUGGCAAUGUUUAUUUGUUUUAUUUGGUCCGUUGGACCACUCUACAUUUGAACUGAUGAACAACGGUUAAUAAAUAAAUUAGACAUAGAAGUUAUCGUUGCAUGUUACAAAUGUUUUUAUGUAUAAAUAUUGUAUAGCUAUACAUUAAAUUUUCUUUAUUUUGCGCCUUGCGCACUAAGGUGCAAGUCAUUCAGGGGCAAAAUAAGCUAGUAGCUGUAGUUGUCAAUGUUAUCCGAGCGAGGGCGAAGGUGUACGACCCGUGUUAUAACUUGUCAAGAAAGUUUUGGUCGCCCUUGUAGCGCAUAAUGUUGGGGAGAUCCUGUUCUUCAGCUGUCAGUUGAAUUCUCCGGGAUUAUUUGCGUAAAAUCAUGCUGUGCGUCUUGACCAGAACUGCGACAAGGACGGGCCUGGUGAAGCCCUGCCGUCUUUUGAGUCCAUUGCCGGUUGUCCAAAUUUCUGAGCGGCCGCUGGUCCAUCAGGAGAGUCUGCCAAAGCUGCCCGUUCCGCCGCUGAAGCAGACAUGCGCACGCUAUUUGGCCUCGCUCGAACCGCUGAUCAGCGAGGAGGAGAUGACGCACACACGCGAGCUCAUGGACGAAUUCCUGCGGCCCGGUGGCGUUGGAGAGAGACUGCAGAAGAGCCUUGAGCGCCGGGCACGCAAAACCGAAAACUGGCUGUCUGACUGGUGGAUGCAGUCGGCCUACUUGGACUCUCGAAUGCCUGUGGCGAUGUACACAAGCCCAGGGGUCGUUUUACCCAAAAUGCACUUCCAAGACUGUCAGGGACAAAUGAGGUUUGCUGCUAAACUCAUUGCUGGGGUUUUGGAUUUCAAAAGAAUGAUUGAUAGUGGAACAUUGCCUGUGGAAUAUCUGGGUGGCAAGCCUUUGUGCAUGGACCAGUAUUACCAGGUGCUGACUUCAUGUCGGAUCCCUGGACCCAAAAGAGACGCUGUGCUGAACUACGCGAUUGGAAUGACCCCUUCUACACACAUCACAGUGGUCCACAACUUUCAGUUCUUUGUUCUGGAUGUGUUCAACAGCGAUGGUUCACCACUGACUGUAGAUCAGAUCUAUGUUCAGCUGGAGAAGAUCUGGAACUCUUCCCUUCAGACCAAUAAAGAGCCGGUUGGCAUCUUGACCUCCAACCACCGUAACACCUGGGGCAAGGCCUAUAACAACCUUAUCAAGGACAAGACAAAUAAGGAGUCGGUGAGGGCAAUCCAGAAGAGCAUCUUCACAGUGUGUCUUGACGCACCAAUGCCACGCGUGUCAGAUGAGAUGUACUUUAACAAGGUGGCUGCUCAAAUGCUCCAUGGCGGAGGCAGUCGCUGGAACAGUGGGAACCGAUGGUUUGACAAAACACUGCAGUUCAUAGUUGGGGAGGACGGAUCUUGUGGACUCACUUAUGAACAUGCUCCAGCUGAGGGACCUCCCAUUGUUUUCCUGGUGGAUCAUGUUGUUGACUAUAUGAAGAGAACUGAGAUGGUACGAACUCCCAUGAUUCCACUUCCUAUGCCGCAAAAGCUUCGAUUCAACAUCACGCCGGAAAUCAAGAAGGACAUUGAGAAAGCCAAGCAGAACAUGAACAUAAUGGUGCAUGAACUGGACGUUCGAGUGCUCAACUUCACACACUAUGGAAGAAAAUUCCCAAAGUCUCAUAAAAUGAGUCCAGACGCAUUUAUCCAGAUGGCUAUUCAGUUGGCAUACUACAGGAUGUAUCAGACGUGCUGUCCGACCUACGAAAGCGCCUCUUUACGCAUGUUUAAACUGGGCAGAACUGAAGCCAUUCGAUCCACCACCACAGAAUCGCUCCAGUUCACACAAGCCAUGGAUGAUCCAUCAAAACAAAAUAGUGAGAAAGCAGCACUUCUCGAAAAGGCCACCAAAGUCCACAGAGAGCACACACACAUGGCCAUCCAUGGACAAGGUGUAGAGAGGCACAUGCUGGGGCUAAAGAUGAUAGCCAUUGAGGAUCUGACUUCUUUACCUGAGAUCUUCAUGGACACCUCGUUCGCUGUGGCUUCACAUUUUAAUCUCUACACAAGUCAGGUUGGAUCAAAGACAGACUGUGUUAUGUGUUUCGGACCCAUGGUUCCUGAUGGUUACGGUGUCUGCUACAACCCCAUGGAUGACCAUAUCAACUUUGCUGUGACCGCCUUCAAUAGCUGCGAAGAAACAAACGCCACAAAACUGUCACAGUUUUUAGAGAACUCGCUUCUGGACAUGAAGACUCUCCUGGAGCAGGUGUCUAAGACCCAAUGAGUGAUGAAACCUCAUGAAUAGCAAAAGAAACUCUCACAGAAGCCCUGAAAUCCUUUCAGACUGGAGGCUUUUACCACUUUGUGUGUCAUUAUCCUGACAUAUUGGUUUUCUAUCGGUAUUCCAUAUCUUAACGCUGACGUGUGAUUUUUUUUUUUUUUUUUUUUUUUUUUUUUUCUUUUUUUUCUUUCAUUGUGCAGAGACUACAGUUGAGUUCAAAAGUUUAUA